UUCAGCUCUAUGAAAGAUAUAAUGGAUUAUAGCAGCAAAUUUGGCACUGGACCUAUAGAGAGCAUGGCCAAGUUUACUCAUUCAUUCAACACUCGGAACCAUUAUUCAGCUCAACAGCCUCUUGCAAAUGGCCAAAGUUCCGCACCAGCAGCUUCUCUUCAUCUUUCAGCUCUGAGCAAAGAUCAUGCCAAAAAUCCCACAAAUCAGCUUCUUUCUGCUGGUACAUCAACUAUCAAAGCGGCUCAAACAAGCCCUUUCUUCUCUAUGGCAAAAGUUCCCCAUCAUACGGAUACCAGCAGCCUGGGAGGUGAAUCAUCUUUAGCAAUUCUUCAAGACUACUUGAGGAAAAAUCCAAAUCUUGGUAAAGAUGCAAGUUUUAAAGGAGCUGGCGAUGCAGAAAAUAUGGGUUUCAGUUCUCCUUCUGCUAGCGGAGUUGGUUCUUCCAGAAGCAACGUUCAGCAAGAGGAUGAUUUUGAACAGCGAUUGAUGUCCUUUUUUGAUGGCAAAUUCGCCUCCUCGAAAGGUUUCCAGUCCAAUUGAAUAUUGUUCUCCCAACAUUUCCAACUGGUGCUGUUUUCUAUCUAGAACUUGUUGUUUACUAGAUUUUUAACUCUUGCAGUAAAUGGGAUUUGGAGUUU